AUGAAAAUAAAUCUAAAGAAUCUAAUUAUAAUGCUGAUCCAAAAGAUAUAAAUUUUUAUAAUAAUGACAUCUUAGUAAAGUAAUGCAUCUCUAUUAAUAUUUAUAUAGUGAGAGAAAUGAUUGUGUCAUAAUUUACAAUUAAUGCUAUUUCAAAGGGGAAUCAAUGA